GGACAGUGCAUCAAGCACCAUUCAAUUCCCCCGUACAAUCAAUUGGAGCCAACCUGAUCACAGAAAGUUUAUUGACCUUCCUUUCUCUAUGCCUUCUGAAGAACAUUAUAACCAUACAGAUAGUCAAGCUUGUGAAUCUGUGAAUGAGAAAUCGCAUAUAGGCGGCGGCAGCUUAUGCUUCAUUUCCUCGUGACUCAUUCAGGCAUUCGUCCAACAUGCUCGAGUAACUGAUCAAUCAUAACUUAGUUCGUUAAGCAAGUUAGCAAGUUAGUAAGUAUUCCGAGUCGGUGAUUGUCCCCGGAAUUCUUUCGCCCCGCUAUCUCCUUGCAGCAGCGACAGCUCCAGUCUGCUUCUUAGUUCCAAAAUCCGGUGAACUGUCUGGCAGAAUGGUUUACUAUUUCACAUCAGAUGUGGUUCAACCCGCAGCCUUUAUCUAUGUUGGAAAGGAUAAAUUCGAAAAUGAGGACCUUAUUAAAUUUGGAUUAGAGAGUGAUGUCUGGUUCCAUGUGGAUAACCUGUCUAGUGCCCAUGUGUACCUUCGCCUCCGUGAUGGAGAAACAUGGGAUCGGAUUCCGCAGGCGCUUCUCGAAGAUUGUGCCCAGCUAACGAAGGCGAAUUCAAUCGAAGGGAAUAAGAAGGACAACAUCACAGUGAUCUAUACACCGUGGUCAAAUUUGAUGAAGGAUGGAUCCAUGGCAGCUGGCCAAGUCUCUUUCCAUAACCACAAACUGGUGCGCAAGGUUUUUGUCCGACAGCGAGAAAACCCUAUCGUCAAUCGCCUGAACAAAACCCGCAUUGAAAAGUUCCCUGAUCUUAAAGCCGAGAAAGAUGAGUUCUUGAAAAAGAAGAACAAGGAGGAACGCAAAGUGAGAGAGGAGCAACGCAUAAAGGAGAAAUUGGAAAGAAGGGAACGCGACCAGUUGAAAUGGCAAAAGGAGCAUGCUUACGAUGACCUCAUGAGCGAGGAGAAUAUUCAAGGCAGCAGUAACCAAGACCGGGACGCUGACUUUUAUGACGACUUCAUGUGAAGCAGAAGGCAUACAGUGGAUUGUCAUGUUGUCUCUCCAAUGGCCGUCGUCGGCUUGUCGCAUGCUAUACUAUCGACGAAAAAACAUAACUCAGUACUUAUCACGAAGCAUCCAUUUGAAGUGCAACAACGGAAGUUGGUUACUGGGCCUUGUUCCGUGGUCGCGAAACUCCACAUCAAAUGGUUAGGAAGCGCAUAGCCCAGAGCACGCAUAUUAACUCGUGUCUCAACUCGACCUGUUCCAGUGCCGGGGAGCUGGCUCUGAGAGUGGCUGGGAGCCGGCCACUGGCAUAUAGCCUGUCGCUAUCCCACAACACAGCGCAGCAGAUAUGAAGUCCACCUAAAGGGUCAUCCUAGCGUGCUUAUAAGCUGUGCAUUGCAUGUGAACUUAGUAGAAUAAACUAGGCAGAAUAUUGAAUUGAGUCUGAAUACACAGGUGAUGCAGCAUAC